UCUCUCUCUACCUCCAUUUCCGCCAUUUUCGCAGGAUCAGCAGUUUCUUCUCUUCUCUUUGCAAAGAUUUGUUUUACAGACCUUCGAACUUGUGAGAUAUGGCGGAAGACGCAAGCAGAAACGCCUUUCUCGAUAUUCAAAGUCGGAUGAUUGAGGUUACAGGCAAGCUGAAGCAGGUCCAAAUCCAGACACGAAACAAAGAAAGUGAAAAGAAGCGUGCUUAUUUAACCUUGGAGGAGUUGCGACCAUUACCAGAGGAUACAAAUACAUACAAAUCAGUAGGAAGAACAUUCGUCUUAGAUCCUAAGUCAGUGCUGAUUGAGGAACAAGAGAAAAAGCUCAAGGACAGUGAAACGGCACUUGCAUCACUUCAGUCUUCGAAGGAGUAUUUGGAAAAACAGAUAAAGGAAGUGGAGAGCAACAUGAGGGAGCUUUUGCAGCAAGAUCCUGGUCUUGCUCAACAGAUAAUGUCCAUGUCAGUUUAGUAGUAAGUAAAUAAAGGGAGUAAUAAUAAUAAUACUCUUAUAGACUGUUUUCUUUCCUUUUUUUUUAUUCAACAUUAUUAUUAUUAUUGUUGUUUAAACCUCCCCUCAUAACUUCUUGAUGUACUUAGUUUCUUUAAUGGAUUUAGUUUUUCUUCUUUCUUAAAAAAUUAUGAUUCAUAA